CUGGGGAGCAGCCUCCUUCCUGUCCUGAGCCUGGCCUGGAGGCUGGGAGGGGUGCCUCAGGGCUCGGGCGCACUCCCUGCUCUGUGACGCACGGCCCCCCGGGAUGCACACGGGGCUCACACGGCCUGUCCUGGCCUCGGACCCCGGCCGACCAUGGCGGCGCUGCGGCUCCUGGCUUCAGCGCUCGGGCGCGGGGUCCCCAUCGGUGGCUCAGGGCUCGCGCUGUCCCAGGGGUGCGCCCGCCGCUUUACCACCAGCCCCCGGCGCCGCGCCAAGUUCUACAGGGACCCAGUGGAGAUGGUGAAGGACAUCCCUGACGGGGCCACCGUCAUGAUGGGGGGCUUCGGGCUCUGCGGGAUCCCCGAGAACCUGAUCGCCGCGCUGCUCAGGACCCGCGUGAAGGACCUGAAGGUGGUCAGCAGCAACGUGGGCGUGGAGGACUUCGGCCUGGGCCUCCUGCUGGCCACCAGGCAGGUCCGCCGCAUCGUCUGCUCCUACGUGGGCGAGAACUCGCUGUGCGAGAAGCAGUACCUGGCGGGCGAGCUGGAGCUGGAGCUCACGCCCCAGGGCACCCUGGCCGAGCGCAUCCGCGCGGGGGGUGCCGGGGUGCCCGCCUUCUACACCCCCACGGGCUACGGGACCCUGGUCCAGGAAGGGGGCGCCCCCAUCCGCUACACCCCGGACGGCCACCUGGCGGUCAUGAGCCAGCCCCGAGAGGUGAGGGAGUUCCACGGCGACCACUUCCUUUUGGAGCGCGCCAUCCGGGCGGACUUCGCCCUGGUGAAAGGCUGGAAGGCAGACCGGGCGGGAAACGUGGUCUUCAGGAGAAGCGCCCGCAAUUUCAACGUGCCCAUGUGCAAAGCCGCAAACGUCACGGCAGUGGAGGUGGAAGAGAUCGUGGACGUGGGGACUUUCCCCCCAGAAGACAUCCACGUCCCUAACAUUUAUGUAGAUCGCGUGAUAAAGGGGCCGAAAUACGAGAAGCGAAUCGAGCGCUUAACGAUCCGGAAAGAGGAAGGUGCAGACGCCCUGAAGGAAGAGGACCCCAAGACGCGCAUCAUCAGACGCGCAGCUCUGGAAUUUGAGGACGGCAUGUACGCCAACCUGGGCAUAGGCAUCCCCCUGCUGGCCAGCAACUUCAUCAGCCCCCACAUGACCGUCCACCUUCACAGUGAGAACGGGAUCCUGGGCCUGGGCCCGUUUCCCACACAAGACGAGGUGGAUCCGGACCUCAUCAACGCAGGCAAGCAGACGGUCACGGUGCUUCCCGGGGGCAGCUGCUUUGCCAGCGACGACUCCUUCGCCAUGAUCCGAGGGGGACACCUCCACCUAACCAUGCUCGGAGCCAUGCAGGUUUCCAAAUACGGCGACCUGGCCAACUGGAUGAUCCCCGGCAAGAAGGUGAAAGGCAUGGGCGGUGCCAUGGACUUGGUGUCCAGUCAGAAGACCAGAGUGGUGGUCACCAUGCAGCACUGCGCAAAGGACAACACCCCCAAAAUCAUGGAGAAAUGCACCAUGCCGCUGACCGGGAAGCGGUGUGUGGACCGCAUCAUCACAGAGAAGGCUGUGUUCGACGUGCACAGGAAGAGAGGCCUGACGCUGAGGGAGCUCUGGGAGGGCCUGACCGUGGACGACAUCAGAAAGAGCACGGGCUGUGACUUCGCCGUGUGCCCGAACCUCAGGCCCAUGCAGCAGGUGGCACCCUGAGGGAGGCGAAGUUGGGCGGGGACGUGCGCUCCUCAGGGGGCCCCACCAGGUUCCCCAGGGGACGUUGGUCACCACAGGAAUGCAUUUCCCCAGCGCUGGGAGGGGUUUGCUGCUGGCCUCCAAUUUUUCUCCCUAGGUGGACUGUGCUCCUCUAGAGAGCUGGGACUUUAAUUAAACACACAAGGAAAACA